UUGUGGCUCGCAGGGCAUAUUUCAAUUAGAAAGAUUAGUGAGAGUGGACGAGAGAGAGAGGGAGAGCAGGGGAGAGAGAGAUGGGGGGCUGGGCUAUAGCGGUGCACGGCGGCGCUGGAGUCGACCCAAACCUCCCAUUGGAACGCCAAGAACAAGCCAAACACCUCCUCACUCGCUGCCUCAACAUCGGCAUCUCCGCUCUCCGUUCCUCUCUCCCCGCCAUCGACGUCGUUGAACUCGUUGUUAGAGAACUGGAAACGGAUCCGUACUUCAAUUCCGGGCGGGGGUCUGCGUUAACAGAGAAAGGGACGGUGGAGAUGGAGGCCAGCAUCAUGGAUGGGGCUGGCCGGCGCUGCGGCGCCGUCUCCGGCGUCACCACUGUCAAAAACCCCAUCUCCCUGGCUCGUCUCGUAAUGAGCAAGUCCCCCCACUCCUAUCUCGCCUUUGCAGGGGCUGAAGAGUUCGCCCGCCAACAGGGUGUGGAGACGGUGGACAAUGAAUAUUUCAUCACGGAAGAAAACGUUGGCAUGUUAAAACUGGCAAAGGAAGCAAACACAAUUUUGUUUGAUUACAGGAUCCCAACCAUUGGAUUAGACACGUGCAGCGCAGCCGCUGAGACCUCGCUGCAGAUGAACGGCCUCCCAAUCAGCGUCUACGCGCCGGAGACGGUGGGCUGCGUGGUGGUGGACGGCGAGGGGCGGUGCGCGGCGGCCACCUCCACGGGCGGUCUGAUGAACAAGAAGAGCGGCCGGAUCGGGGACUCACCGCUGAUCGGGGCUGGGACCUACGCGUGUGAGGUGUGCGGCGUGUCGUGCACGGGCGAGGGCGAGGCCAUCAUACGGGGAACAUUGGCCCGGGAGGUGGCAGCCGUGAUGGAGUACAAGGGGUUGGGACUGCAGGAAGCCGUGGAUUUCGUGAUAAGGGAGCGGCUUGAUGAGGGAAAGGCGGGGCUUAUUGCGGUGUCGAAUAAGGGAGAGGUGGCGUGUGGGUUCAACAGCGUUGGGAUGUUCAGAGGCUGUGCCACUGAAGAUGGAUUCAUGGAAGUAAACAUUUGGUAGGAAGCCAUCAAUAUCAGGGCUCCAAUUUAAGCUAAAACUUUUAUGCAAAAUUUUCAUCUUUAGUUGAAAAAAAUGUCACUGGCUCUGUCACCGUGGAUAAAUAAGAUUGUUUCCUCUCGUCCUUUA